AUGCACAGUACGAAUAUUAUUCACCGAGAUUAUCACAGCGGAAAUAUUUUUUCUUCAGGCGUAACCGGUGAUUUAGGGAUAAGUAAAUUCGGUACGGAAUCAUCAGAUCCUGACGGUAAUGAGGUUUACGGGAUCAUUCCUUACGUUGCCCCGGAGAUCUUUCAAGGACAAGGUUAUACUAAAGCUUCAGAUGUGUAUGGGUUUGGUAUGAUUAUGUGGGAAUUCUUGACAGGCAGAAGACCUUUUUGGAAUCGAGAUCACGAUGUAGAUCUUAUUAUUGAAAUUUGUGAUGGUCUUCGUCCUUCAAUCGUUACAAAUGCACCUGUAGGUUACAUCGAAUUAAUGCAAGAAUCUUCUUUAAAUGAACCAGGUUUUUAA